AAUGAAAAAAAUGAGAAAAAUGAAAAAAAUGAAAAAAAUGAAAAACAAAAAGAAGAUGAGAAAGAAAUUCAAUACAGGCCCAAACCACCUUUUCCACAAAGGUUGAAUCAUUUGAAAAAAGAGCAACAAAAUGCAGAUAUAUAUGAAGUGUUUAAGCAAGUGAGAAUCAACAUCCCGCUGUUGGAUGCAAUCAAACAAACACCUUCAUAUGCAAAGUUUUUGAAAGAUCUGUGCACUGUCAAAAGGAAAACAAAUGUGCAUGAAAAGGCAUUCUUGACUGAACAAGUCAGCGCCAUUCUCCAAUUGAAAACUCCUCCCAAAUACAAAGAUCCAGGCUGUCCAACCAUUACAUGCAUCAUAGGAAGUCAAAAGGUUGAUCGGGCACUCUUGGAUUUAGGAGCUAGUGUCAAUUUGUUGCCAUACAGCGUGUAUCAACAGUUGGGAUUAGGUGAGCUUAAACCCACUAGAGUGACCCUUCAGCUGGCUGAUCGAUCAGUCAAAGUUCCACGAGGAAUUGUGGAGGAUGUUCUGGUACAAAUCGAUAAGUUCUACUUUCCAGUGGACUUCAUCGUUUUGGACACCCAGCCGCAUCAGGGGCCUCAACCUCCUGUGCCAGUCAUCUUAGGUCGACCAUUCCUUGCCACAUCAAAUGCCAUCAUCAACUGUAGGAAUGGUGUGUUAAAGCUAUCUUUUGGGAACAUGACUGUAGAAAUGAAUAUCUUCAGGGUAGCCAAACAUCAGGACACUGAGAGUGAAGUGGAGGAGGUAGACUUGAUCCAAACACUGACCAAUGACUGUUUUGAAGAGUUCAUGAGAAGACCCAAAGAAGGAAAUCAAGAUCUUGAAGAAAUAAAAGAAGUGGAAGUCAUAAGCAAAGAAAGUGAGAAGCCUACAUGGAUGCCUGGUUUAGAGCCAUUAAGGAACUUGGACAGUAAGCUCAUGGCUCCUGAUAGCCAUCAGUCCACGCCUGAGAGAAAGUCAUUGCCCAGUGAUUUGAAGUAUGUCUUUCUAGGAGAAGGGGAAGCAUUCCCAGUAGUGAUCUCUUCAAGUUUGACACCUCAGCAAGAGCAACAACUCCCAGACCAUUGGAGUAAGCAAGAUAGGCAUAAAUUCUUCAGAAAAGUCAGAACCUUCUUUUGGGAUGAGCCCUACCUCUUCAAGUAUUGUCCUGACCAAAUCAUCCGUAGAUGCAUACCCGAUCAUGAGCAACAAAACGCUCUUUGGGCGUACAGGACAGCUUACAAAACAAUUUUGGGAAUGUCUCCCUAUAGGCUAGUAUACGGUAAAUCUUGUCAUCUGCCGGUGGAAAUUGAGCAUAAAGCAUAUUGGGCAAUUCAUAAGAUCAACAAGAGUCUAACUGAAGCAGGCUUAUCCAGGAAGCUCCAAUUGAAUGAACUUGAAGAAAUUCGGAAUGAAGCAUUUGAAAAUGCAAGAUUGGCCAAGGUUCGCAUGAAAGAGUUACAUGAUCGGCACAUCAUUCGAAAAAGCUUUCAGGUAGGGCAACGGGUACUCUUGUAUGAUUCUCGAUUGCAUCUAUUCCCAGGAAAAUUGAAGUCUCGAUGGGUCGGCCCCUUUGUAAUCAAGUCCAUCUCAGGAUAUGGGGCAUUUGAGAUAGAAAAUCUGGAGUCAGGACAGCUUCUAACAGUCAAUGGUCAUAGGUUGAAACCAUACCAGGGUAGUGUUGAGGAGAAUGAAGGAGUUGUGGAUUUGGAUGAUCCACCAUCAUCUGAUGAAUAAGGGAAGUUUCAUGUCGUCUGGGAAUCUGACGUUAAAAGACCACCUUUCCAUUUAGGUUA